CCAGUCCAUUAUUCUCUCCUCCACAUACAGAGCUGACACUCGACACCGCUCAAUCCUCGUACCCAAUUACGGCCGGAGGAAACUUCCCCACGACCGAGUGCUGGUUGUGGGCCGUCUUCUUCUGUUGGAUUGGUAUCCCACCUACAUUUUGUUUUCUUCGCUAUCUUUAAAAGCCAACAAGAUGGUUGCACAGGAGUUCACCGUAGAUUUGAAUAAACCCCUCGUCUUCCAGGUCGGCCAUCUGGGAGAAGCUUAUCAGGAGUGGGUUCAUCAACCGAUUGUUGGCAAGGAAGGCCCUCGAUUCUUUGAAAGUGAUUUUUGGGAGUUCUUGACCCGCACAGUUUGGUGGGCAGUUCCAACCAUUUGGCUGCCAGUUGUAUGCUUUUGCAUCUCCAUUUCAAUACAAGUGGGCCAUACACUUCCUCAGGUAGCUCUGUUGGUGGUCGCUGGCAUUUUUGUGUGGACACUUGUCGAGUAUACCUUGCACCGUUUCCUUUUCCACAUCAAAACGAAGACAUACUGGGGAAACACCAUGCAUUAUCUUCUUCAUGGCUGCCAUCAUAAGCACCCAAUGGAUGGCUUGAGACUUGUUUUCCCACCUGCUGCAACAGCUAUACUUUGUGUACCGUUCUGGAACUUCGUCAAGCUUAUAUCUACUCCUACAACCACUCCUGCGUUGUUUGGAGGCGGUUUACUGGGUUAUGUGAUGUAUGAUUGCACCCAUUACUACCUCCACCAUGGUCAACCAUCGAGCAAUGUGCCACGAAAUCUCAAGAAAUACCACUUGAAUCAUCAUUUCCGGGUCCAGAAUAAAGGGUUUGGGAUCACAUCAGCGUUAUGGGACAAGGUGUUUGGAACACUUCCUUCAUCAAAAACAGCUGAGAAAAGUAGAUAAUAUAUGGAAUGUAGCAUCUAUUUCAUGGGCUAUGAGUAGCUAGUUUCAGGGUAUUCAACUAAUAUUUUUUUUAAGCGAUCUUUCAUCUGUUGUGAAUUUAUUUUGUGUCUCUUCUUGAAGCCUUUGCUGUGGUGGAAAGUACCUUAUAAUUGAAAUGUAUGUCAUCAGGUUUGUUUGUGAA